UUUAAGCUGAAUAGUGGGGCUUGUGAGAUGGACCCUAUUCAGAAAGCUGUAAUAAACCAUACAUUCGGGGUUCCUCUUCCUCAUCGGAAAAAGCAAAUCAUCUCAUGCAACAUUUGCCAGUUGAGAUUUAAUUCAGAUAGCCAGGCUGCGGCCCACUACAAAGGCACGAAACAUGCCAAGAAGCUCAAAGCACUGGAAGCUAUGAAAAAUAAGCAGAAAUCUGUCACUGCCAAGGACAGCGCAAAGACUACCUUCACCUCCAUCACUACCAAUCCCAUCACCACCAGCUCUGACAAAACAGACAGUACCACAGGGACACAAGGACUACCAAGAAGUGUCGAAAUGCACAAGAGCAGUGCAGUGACAACUGAGAUCACCUCUAAAGUGGAAAAAAGGCCCACGGCAGCAGCAGCCACGGGCACCAAUUCAAGUUCUUCCACAGAGACCGAGGAAGAAAAGGCGAAGAGGCUGCUUUACUGCUCCCUGUGCAAGGUGGCUGUGAACUCUGCCUCUCAGCUGGAGGCUCACAAUAGUGGUACUAAGCACAAAACCAUGCUAGAAGCCCGCAAUGGAAGUGGAACUAUCAAGGCCUUUCCUCGGGCAGGAAUGAAGGGCAAAGGACCUGUUAAUAAGGGAAACACAGGCCUCCAAAACAAAACAUUUCACUGUGAAAUAUGUGAUGUGCAUGUCAACUCAGAAACACAACUCAAACAGCACAUUAGCAGUAGAAGGCACAAAGACAGAGCCGCUGGAAAGCCCCCCAAACCUAAGUACAGCCCCUACAACAAACUGCAGAAGGCAGCACAUCCACUGGGGGUAAAAUUGGUAUUUUCUAAAGAACCUUCAAAGCCACUGGCUCCCAGAAUUCUCCCAAACCCACUGGCAGCGGCAGCAGCCGCAGCUGCUGUGGCGGUGAAUUCCCCCUUCAGUCUUCGAACUACUCCAGCAGCCACCCUCUUCCAGACUUCUGCACUUCCUCCAGCCCUUCUGAGGCCAGCUCCUGGACCCAUUCGGACGACCCACACUCCUGUGCUCUUUGCUCCUUACUGAAUUCUAAACAGGAGGUGUUGUACUGCAAUAAUUUUUAAAACAACAAAAUGAAACUAAAAUCAAACAAAAGAGAACUAUGCAGCGUUUAUUUAUAGUUUAAAGUGUAUCUGAAGAGCCAGGACUUUUGAUAGUAAAAUGAAAAGAUUAUUAAAAAAAAAAAAAAAGAAAAGAAAAAAGUGGGGGAGGGGAUUGGGCUAGGGGGAGGGGAAGGGAGAUGUGGCAUUUUUUUUCCAAAUUAAAGCAUUCUUCUUCAACAUUGAGUGUUUUAGAAGUUAUCACCAAUACUGCCUCUUAGUGGUAUCUAGAGCUUCCAGAGUCUUUGUGACUGUGCUUUUUUGGGCACCUGUUUCCCCUGCAUUGUCUUUUCUGCUUUCUGAAAAAAUUAUACAUUGUUUAAGGGCAUUAACUGGUUCUAAUGUAUAUAUAAUAUAUAUAAUAAUUUACUCUGUAGAUUAUAAUGUAUAUAUAUAUGUAUGUGUACAUAUAUAUAUAUAUUUAAAAAGCAACAAAAACAAAAGCAACACUGUGAAUAGUAGUGCCCUUGCUGGUCUUCUGGCUAUGACAGCAGUUACUGGAUAUGUAUCCAAACAAAAGUAGAUACAGUAGAUGUCUUGUCAAACAAUAGUGCUGUGUCUCAAUCUAUGCCAUUAGUUUAUAAAGAAUUGCAAAAGGUAGAAUGAGCUGCUAUUUUAUACUGAAAAUCAGUAAAAAAUAAACAAAACAAAAGAACAAAAACCCCAACAGAUGGUACACUGGAAUCCUCUAUGGUCAGAGACCGCAUUCUGUAUGCUUAGAGGUGGGGCAAGACCAAGAAAGACACUUCAUCAUCAAGUAUUAGAUUGCCACUUGCAAUAAGCAUUGCAGGAGAAAGUGAAGUGUUCUCAAUGUCAAUGUCUCUGAAAAACCAUGUGUUAUGGGCAAGGAGUAAGAAAUAAGUAGAACUGUUUUAUUCUAAACAUAAGGAGCCCUCAGAAUCUCAGAUAAGGGUGUAAAAUGAACACAGAUUGACAAAAGCUUGUCAUCUGCCUGUAACCCUUUGUGUCAUGCCAGUAGAACCAUAGCAAAGUGUUUUUGCUUUAAGUAUGAAUGUAUGAAGACAGACGUAAGCAUGAGCUAUGGCUGUGUUUAUCCUUAUUUUUUCCUUCUGACAUGACAUACUUGAGUUCAUUACACACCAGUGAUAUGGCGUUAGCAAAGUGUAUUAGCAAGGUCCCCUAGACCAUCAUUUCUCUAGUGGCAUUGUGAAAUAAGAACUGCCUUUGAUAUUUAUCACAGAGCUGAAAGAAACAAAUGUUUUAUCUUUCAAAGAAAUGUAUCAGGGGAAUAUAUAUAUAUAUAUAUAUAUAUGAUGUAUGUUAUAUAUAUAUAUAUGAAUGUAUGUAUGUAUAUUGUAUAUAUGUUAGAAAGAUUAAGAAAUUAAAUUAUAAAAAGAAAAUCUAUAUGAGAUGAUUCUAUAGCUACUCAGUGUUACAUGUUAUCAUUAAAUUGAUAACAAAUGGCAUGAAAUAGCUGUGCCUUUAAUUUGUGAUAAAGGCACUAUGCUUUUUCCCAUAGAAAGCUAGCUUGCCCCUUUGGAUAUUGUGGGGCUUGAUGCACACAGGUUAUUGCAUCCAGGAAUGAUAACCUUCAACAAGAGAACAAGAAGAAAACAUAUACACAUCAGCCUUCUGUGACUUAGGAUUAAAAAUAAAAAUUAUUUUUGAAAAGGUUUUAUAAAUACCGUUUAAAACUAUAGGGAAUGACUGAGUGUGGCCUUCCUGAAAUUGCUUUUAUUUCAAUUGUAGGAAUCCUUCAGAGAGGAAUAAAGAAUUAAGGAGUCCCUGGAGGGAAAGGUGUUUAGUACUUGUCAUUUAUAUGUGAAGAAUAUGCAUAGUGUGCUUGGUUCUGACUGUUAAUUGUGGUCUUUAGAGGACUUUUCCAGUGUCUAGUUGUAGACUUUGUCAUGUAAGUAUAUCUUUAAAGCUACAGGCUAUACAUAUCUGUUACAUAACAAAUAACCAAAACAACAUUUAAAAAAGGAAAGAAAAAGAAAGAUUGUAAAGAAAAUAAUCAAAAUUGAAAGGAAAGCGAAAUAAGAAAAUAUAAUCAUUCAUUUAGUCUUUUGGUACAAAGAUCUUUUAGACAUAUUGCUAUUGUACAUGAUGAUUUCUCAUUUACAAUCUCUGCAAACACUGCCAAUUGUUUUCAGCAAGUUUUUCACUUAUUUAUUUAUUUAUUUAUUUAUUUAUUCAUGUUUUGCCUAUGAAUGGGGCUAGUUCAGACUAGUGGUCUUAGUUAUCCAGAGUUUGUUACCAUGUGACCAGCAGCAUCUACUUGUGUUGGAUUUUAAUUUUUUUAUUUGAUUGUUCACUGUAUGUAUUCUGCAUCUCAGCCCUUACACCUGACAAUGCUACCUGUGCUUUCUUCCACUGAAAUCUCCUUAUAACCUGCUUCUGUUUUCCCUCCCCAUGCUAACAAAAUAAAGGAAGCAGUUGGCGACAAGUCAGGGCCUGUGGGUCACAUAAAGUCCUGGGUCACAAAGCGUUAAUAACUUUAAUGCUUUGCUGUGAACAAACAAAUCAGCCAUAUUUUCUUCAUCAGCCAUAUGAGAAGACUCAGAAAUACCUGGACCCCGUCUGCCUCACUUCGCAACAGAAACACUUUUGUUUAAAUGGUAGCUUAAAUUGGAGUUUUAAGAGUCAGUUGUCUCUUAUUCACUACCUAAUAAAGGAUGAAGCCUAACCAUUGGA